AAGUCGUUUCGAAACUCGCUCACCUAAAAACCCAUCUCACUUCCUCUCUCACUCGCCGUUUCACUCUCGUCUCUCUCAGACCAGGCCAUGGAUUUGCUGUCGGUCUCAUCCUCUUCUUCAUCUACCUCCCUAUUAUGCCCUCGCAUCCUCUCCCGCUCCAAACCCUCCCACCAUUUCUCCUCGUUCAAUCCCCCAAAACCCUCCGCCCCCAGAGCCUUCAUUCCCAGCUCCCUCCGCACUGCCGCUCCCAAAUCCCUAGCCCUUGGCCUGGCCUUCGAAACCCAGCAGCGAGAACAGCCCCAUGUCACUUUCGAACCCUUGGGAGGGUCUCCGCAGGGCCCCGGGACCGCCAUGAGAGGCGGCGAGGGCGAUGCCAUGGGGCUUUUGCUCAGGGAGAGGAUCGUGUUCUUGGGGAGCCAGAUAGAUGACUUCGUGGCCGAUACUAUUAUCAGUCAGUUGUUGCUCUUGGACGCUCAGGACCACACUAAGGACAUACGUCUUUUUAUCAAUUCCCCUGGCGGGGCUUUGAGUGCUACGAUGGCCAUCUAUGAUGUUCUACAGCUUGUGAGGGCUGAUGUUUCCACAGUUGCACUUGGCAUAUCAGCAUCAACGGCUUCCAUAAUCCUUGGUGGUGGGACUAAAGGCAAGCGUCUGGCAAUGCCCAAUACACGGAUCAUGAUUCAUCAACCUCUUGGAGGUGCUAGUGGCCAAGCACUAGAUGUGGAAAUUCAAGCCCGAGAAGUCAUGCAUAAUAAGAAUAAUGUCACAAGAAUUAUUUCAGGAUCCACUGGUCGCUCAUUUGAACAAGUCCAGAAAGAUAUUGAUAGGGAUCGUUACAUGUCCCCUAUAGAAGCAGUUGAAUAUGGAAUAAUUGAUGGAGUUAUUGAUAGAGAUAGCAUUAUUCCUCUAGCUCCUGUGCCAGAAAGGGUGAAAGCAAGACUGAAUUAUGAGGAAAUGAGUAAAGAUCCAAGGAAAUUCUUGACACCUGAUGUUCCAGAUGAUGAGAUAUACUAGCUUUGGGUGUAUGCUACAGGCAUGGAUCAAGGUUUGGAGUUGGCAGAUUGUUGAUUUGUUGUAUUUAUUGCUUAUUGCUGUGGAUUUUGGGGAAUGUUUUCAGCUCUUCCUUGGCCCUUUGCGCAACUGUGCUGGACCACAGAGAGCAAUAGCAUACAGUAGUUAUGGUUGAGCUGUUCCUUUGUUUCCUUUCCAUCAACUAAUUGUUAAAGAAAUUCUCUUGAUUUUCAUUUUUCUCUCCCAGCUCUCUCGCACACACCUCUGUUGCCAGCUGCUGAGCUAAAAUGGAGUCUAGCAUUUACAGUUUAUGGCAUUAAGUCUAUUUGUAAGCAAAGAUGGCAUUGUCAAUACAGUGCAAUGAUUUUAAGGUGUUUGAACAAAAGAAUUGCCUGGUAAAUUACCGACUUUUAUGUGAAAUAAUUUAUACUUAAUUUUCUUUUUUUAA